AUGUCGCAAGUGAUGUCCAGCCCCCUGCUGGCAGGAGGCCAUGCAGUCAGCCUGACUCCCUGUGAAGAACCCAGGAGGGUCCUGCACCCAGCACCCAGUCCCAGCCUGCCGCCCCAGUGUCCUUACUACACCACAGAAGGCUGGGGAGCCCAGGCCCUGAUGGCCCCUACACCCAACAAGGGGCCCCCCAGCAGGCUCCAGCAAGGCCCACAGACUGGGGCCAAAGCCAGCUGCCUCCUACAGUCCCCUGCUGAGCAGGCCUCAGGGGCCCUGGAGGACCUUGACUCCUACAUUGACUUCUCACUGGAGAGCCUCAACCAGAUGAUUCUGGAACUGGACCCCACCUUCCAGCUGCUCCCCCCAGGAGCUGGUACGCCCUGGGCCGAACCUACCCAGAGCAUUACCACAAAGAAAAAGAAAGACGAGCCUGAAGCCUUGGACAUAAAGUACAUCGAGGUGACCUCCACCAGAUCAAGGUGCCAUGAUGGCCCCCAGCGCUGCUCCAGCCCAUCUGUCACUCCACCCUUCGGCUCCCCGCGCAGUGGUGGUCUCCUCCUUUCCAGAGACAUCCCUCGAGAAACUCGAAGCAGCAGCGAGAGCCUCAUCUUCUCUGGGAGCCAGGGCAGGGGGCACCAGCGCCCCCCUCCCCACUGUGGGGCUCCCUCCUCUCAUUCCCCACCCUCUCCCAGCAUCUCCAUCCCCUGCAUGGGGAACAAGACGUCAGGCCCCCAUGGCUUGGGCUCUCCACUGGUGGCUUCUCCAGGCUUGGAGAAGGGGCUGGGGGGCCUGGCCCCACAGCGGGGCAGCAGGGUCUCUGUAUUGUCAGCCAGCCCAGCAUCUGACAUCAGCUAUGUGUUUGGAAGCAGCCAGUCCCUCCUCCACUCCAGCAUCUCCAGCCAUCAGUCAUCUUCUAGGUCCUUGGAAAGCCCAGCCAGCUCUUCCUCCAGUCUCCACAGCCUUGGCCAAAUGUCUCUGUGCACGAAAGCCAGUGACUUCCAGGUCCCCAGCAACCCCACUGCAGGCAUGGGCCAGCCCAGAGCAACCCACUCCCCACCACUGGCCAAGGAGCAUGCCAGCAGCUGCCCGCCCUCCAUCACCAACUCCAUGGUGGACAUACCCAUCGUGCUGAUCAACGGCUGCCCAGAACCAGGGUCUCCUCCAUCCCAGCCGACCCCAGGACACCAGGACUUUGUCCGACCUGGGGCCACUUCUUCCGGCCACUCCUGUCCGGCCACCAGGAGCCACAGCCAGACCCUGCCAGACGCCCCUCUUACCACAUCCUCGGAGGGUCCCCCCAGGGACAUGCAGCCCACGAUGAAGUUUGUGAUGGACACAUCUAAAUACUGGUUUAAGCCAAGCAUCACCCGGGAACAAGCAAUCGAGCUGCUGAGGAAGGAGGAGCCAGGGGCUUUCGUCGUGAGGGACAGUUCUUCCUACCGAGGUUCCUUCGGCCUUGCCUUGAAGGUGCAUGAGGCUCCUGCACCUGCCCAGAACCGAUCAGGUGAGGACAACAGUGACCUCAUCCGCCACUUCCUCAUUGAGUCUUCUGCCAAAGGGGUGCAUCUCAAAGGAGCAGAUGAGGAGCCUUACUUUGGGAGCCUCUCUGCCUUUGUGUGCCAGCAUUCCAUCAUGGCCCUGGCCCUGCCCUGCAAACUCACCAUCCCGCAGAAAGAAUUGGGAGGUGGAGAAGCCUCAGACCCUGCUACAGGCAGCCGGGCCUCCUGCCUAAAGAAAUCCGCAGGCUGCCAUGCCCUGUACUUGACCUCCGUGAGUGUAGAGACCCUGAGCGGAGCCCUGGCCGUGCGGAAGGCCAUCUCAACCACCUUUGAAAGGGACGUCCUCCCCACACCCACCGUGGUCCACUUCAAAGUCACCGAUCAAGGCAUCACCCUGACGGAUGUCCAGAGGAAGGUGUUUUUCCGGCGCCAUUACCCCCUCACCACCAUCCGCUUCUGUGGCAUGGACCCCGAGCAACGGAAGUGGCAAAAAUAUUGCAAGCCCUCCUGGAUCUUUGGAUUUGUGGCCAAGAGCCAGACAGAGUCCCAGGAGAAUGUAUGCCACCUGUUCGCAGAGUAUGACACGGUCCAGUCGGCCUCCCAGGUCCUCAGCCUCGUGGGUACUCUGCUGCAGGACACAGAGAGGAUGUAG